AUGGUGAAGAAGAGUAGAGCUGCUAUAUUGCCGACAAAUGUCAUUCUCCUGCAGAACCUUGUGAAGCGGGAUCCAGAAUCGUACCGUGAGGAAUUCCUCCAGCAAUACUCGCAUUAUGAAUCGCUGAGAGAUAUCUUCAUGAUGAACUCCACAACCCAGGAUGCUUCCUCGGCAGGUGGCAGCGGUUCGUUUGCGGACGACGAGUCUGUGGGGGAGUUUGCAGAGCUGAUUGGGUUUGUCUCUCAGGUGUGCAGUUGCUACCCGAAGGAGACGGCCGGGUUCCCGGCCGAGCUGAAGCAGCUGCUACUGGAACACCACCGCGCACUGCCGUUUCAAGUGAAGGAGAAGAUCAUCGCAUCGCUGACAAUGUUGCGUAAUAAAGAUGUUAUUACGCCUGACAUGCUGAUUCAGACGUUGUUCCCUCUGCUUGUUGCCUACUCGUCUACGCAGGGUAGCAACAUCGGGCUCAAUUCGCACGCUAAGGCUCUCCGGAAGACCGUGUACGGCAACGUCGUCUCCCUCCUGAAGAACUGCAACACGGGCAGCAAGAACCAGAAACUGAAUAGAUCAACACAGGCCAUCUGUUUCAACCUGCUGGAGCAGCCCGACAGCCAGGGCCUGUGGGCGACCAGACUCACCAGGGAGCUGUGGCGGCGCGGAAUCUGGGAUGACUCGCGGGCUGUCGAGAUUAUGACGCAAGCAGCGCUGCACGAUGAUGUCAAGAUCGCAGCCUCGGGCGUGCUGUUCUUUCUGGAUGCCGACCGCGAGCGUGAGGAGAACUUCGAGGACAAGUCCGACGAUGACGACGUGGUGGACAUGCAGUCCCUGCGGCACAAGCUGAAGAUCAACAAAAAAUCCAGCAAGCGCGGCAAAAAGCUCGAGAACGCCGUCAAGCAGGUCAAGAAGAAGAGCAAUUCGGCAAACGACCAAGCAUAUCUGAACUUCAGCGCCAUCCACUUGCUCAGAGACCCCCAGGGGUUCGCUGAAAAGCUCUUCUCCAAGCACAUGUCUGGAAAGGGCGGCACCAAGUUCUCCCUGGAGCAGAAGAUAUCGCUCAUGCAGCUCACCUCGCGUAUGAUCGGCACCCACAAGCUGCUCGUGCUCGGCAUCUACUCGUACUUCCUCAAGUACCUCACCCCCAAGCAGACGGACGUGACCAAGAUCCUGGCUACCGCUGCGCAGUCCUGCCACGACCUCGUGCCGCCCGAAUACCUCUCCGUCGUCGUCCGCAAGAUCGCAGACGAGUUCGUGUCUGACGGUGUCUCCUCCGAGGUCUGCGCCGCCGGCCUGAACUCCAUCCGCGAGAUCUGCUCCCGUGCGCCGCUAGCCCUCGACGAGACGCUGCUGCGCGACCUCGUCGAGUACAAGUCCUCCAAGGCCAAGGGCGUCAGCAUGGCCGCAAAGGGCCUCCUCGCGCUGUACCGCGAGGUCGCCCCCGAGAUGCUGCAGCGCAAGGACCGCGGUAAGCUCGCCUCCAUCGAGCUGCAGCAGCAGCGCGCUGCCGCCGCCCAGCCCCGCCGCCCACAGUUCGGCGCGGACUCUGGCGUCAGCGGCAUCCCCGGCCUCGAGCUACUGGCCGAGUGGGAGCGCACGCAGGACCGCCCCGCCGCCGACGACGACGACGCCAACUGGGAGGUGGCCUCCUCCGACGACGACGUCGACGGCGAGUGGGUCACCGUGCAGAGCGACCGCGACUACGACGUCGACCUGUCCGACUCAGAUCUCGAUCUCGACGAUGAUGAGGCGGCCCCCGCCCCCGCCCCCGCCCCCGCCGCGCCGGAGCUCGCCGCCUCGCGCAUUCUCACGCCUGCAGACUUUGCCAAGCUGCAGGAGCUGCGCACCGAGCGCGGCGUCGCCAAGCUGCUGGGCGUCCGCAACGAAGACCUCGUCGAUUCUGACGCCCUAGUCGGCCCCGUGAAGUACAAACAGAACAAGCAGGAGAGAAUGGAACGUGUCCUAGAAGGCCGCGAGGGCCGCGACAAGUUCGGCAGCCGCAAGCAGAAGCGCGGCGAGCAGGGCCGCUCCACCACUAACCGUGAAAAGCAGCGCAAGAAGAACUUCGUCAUGAUGAUCCACAAGCGCGGCGUCCAGGGAAAGCAGAAAAUGUCCCUGCGUGACAAGCAGAAGGUCCUGCGCGCCCACAUUACAAAGCAGAAGAAGAAGGGCCAUUAG